AUGCUUUCAUAUCUCAUCAAGAAGAUGGCCAGGUGGCUUGGAUGCGGUUUCAAACCGAAAUCCAUUUCCACAGGAACAAAUACCCCCGAAACAACAACUAUAGACCCAAGCACCAAUCGAUGGAAAGCUAAGCCAGUGAUUCUGAUCAUUCAUGGCGCAUGGCAGCAUCCAGCAUACUAUCAGACCUUUGUCCAAGUGUUACAGUCACGAGGUUAUGAGACAUAUUGCCCACGAUUACCGAGCUGCAACGGCCAGGUUCCGCCUACAAAGUCACUUGAGGAUGAUGUCCGCUUCAUACGCCAAUUCGUAACAGAGCUUACAGAUGCUGGCAAGCUAGUUGAUGUCAUCAUGCAUUCAUACGGCGGGAUAGUUGGAACCGAUGCCCUCUGUAAAUUAGGUAUCGAAGAGAGAUCAAGAAGAGGAACAGUCGGCGGAGUAAGGAACCUGAUAUACCUAACAAGCUUUGUACCCCUUAAAGGGCAGAGUUUGGUAGGAAUCUUCGAGGGCCAAUCAUUACCGACUGUCAAAAUAAAUGAAGAAAUGAAUAUUAUAUCAGCAACCGAUCCAAUUCCGAUGUUUUAUAGCGACCUACCGAGUGAAGAGGCAGAGUAUUGGGUGAAACAAAUGGUUUCCCACCCGUAUUCGGCGCAAACCACUCCAGUCAGCAACGAAGCAUUUCGAGAACUUCCGGCCACAUACAUUAUUUGCGAGAAUGAUAAGGGUAUCUUGCCCGAGGUACAGCAAAUGAUGAUCGAUAAGCUUAGGGACGUAGGUAUUGAUGUACAUGUCGAACGAUGUUCCGGGGGUCAUAGCCCCUUCCUCAGUAUGCCCCAUAGCAUGGCAGAUAUCAUCGACAAAAUUUCGAAUGUUUAA